UUUUAAACGAUGUAUUUUGUCUUAAAUCUGGGCCCUGAAUGGUUUAUUUAAUUUAGAUACAUAAUUAUAGAACCUGAACUGAAAAAAUUAUCUUGAAAAAAAUAUUCUUCAUUCAUAUCUGUGUUUUAAUAUUUUGAAACAUAUAAUCACAUAUACUCACAGAUAAAUACACAUAAUUCAUUUUGAUAGUUUUAUUCUCUAAACUGGAUGGUUUGGUCGUGUUAUAAUAAUAAUUAUAAUUAUUAUUGAUCAUAAGAAAUCAAUAAAAUUCAUUAUGGAAAGUACAAUUUUUUUAAUGUGAAUUUUCUAUAAAAUAUUCACACGCACUCAUACACAUAUAUACAUACAAACACACAACUUCGUCAUCUAAUAAUUUUGUAAAAAAUAAAGAAAAGAAGAAAAAGAAAACACGGAAAACCUUAAAUCAAUAUAUUUUAUUGAAGUGUUUAUUUAAUUAACGAAUCAGAUCAUCAAUGCAGUAAGAAAAAAUAAAAUAAAAUAAAAUAUAAUUGAAAAUAAAAUAAUUCAUUUGUAAAUUUUAACUUAUAUUACUAUCAAAUUAUUUAACUUUUAUCUAUAUAUAUAUAUAUACUACUGAUUUUUUCAUUAAUACAAAUAAUCAAAAAAACAAACAAAAACAAGACAUUUUUACCCAUAAUGACAAUUGAACGAAACACAAAUCAAUUAACAAUAAAUCAAUCCACAAAUUAUACUGAAUCAAUUUAUUAUUUAUGUUAUGGUUAUUUAAUACAUCAUUUAAAAAUUAAAAAUAAAUUACAAUUGUUUGAUAGAAAUAUAGCAGAAAAUGAAAUUGAAAAUAUUAAACCAAUUUGUUCUAUUCAAUUAUAUUUAUUAUUUUGUAAAGAUUGUUUACGUAUAAAACGUUAUAUAACUAAUACAAAUCGUUAUAAGCGUUAUACAUUAUAUUAUAAACAAAUUGAAGUAUAUUAUUUUACACCAUAUAUGAAACAUUUAUUAAUAUUAGGUAUUAUUUCACCAAAUGGUAUAAAACGUUGUUAUCAAUAUAUUUAUAUUAAAAAUAAUGAGGAUCACUAUAAAAUACAAAUAAUAUUAAAUCAAAUAUUUGAAAAUUCAUUAAAAAUAUUAACAAAUUUACCUGUAAUUGGUCAAUUAAUCAUUAAAAAUUUUAAAAAUGAAUCAAAACGUAAUAAAAGAUUAGGUAGAAUAACUUUGGAUCAUUUACAUAAAUCUAAUAACAAUAUAAUGAAUGAAUUAAAAGAACAUGAAGAUAUGAAUCCAGUAAUGAAUGAAUAUAUUGAUGGAAACAAUUAAAUCUUAAUUGAAAUCAUAAAUGGUUAUUGAUUUUUCUUCUUGAAUGAAAGGAAUGAUACCUUUUUG